ACCACUUGUCAGGAAUAUCUUAGAACUGUGAAAACAGCCAGCCCAGUCAGGAGCGUGUGUGUUGGUGUGUGUGUGUGUGUGUGUGGACGCAGGGGUUAGCCUAACACUUCUCUAGCAGCACAGCCAGUCAGAUCACUUGUCCACUCGCCGGUCGGUGGGUGUGAAAGUGUGUGUGUGAGUGUGUGUGAGGAGCUGCUCUCUACGACGUCACCCAUGCAAGACGGAGCGAGAGAGACCAACUAACCAGAGGAAGGUGUCCAUCCUUACACAUUGGACUGAGGAGAGUCAACAAGCCACAGUCAGUGACAGAAAGACAGACAGACAGAGAGAGUGAGUAACUUCUUCCAGAGUUGGAUGUGCUGGGGAGAUGAUGUGCUUCUAAAACCAAAAAGCUGAAAUGGAUAUUACCCCAUAUUGACAGAACCAGAGAACUCUCUGCAGGGACUUUCAGCUCUCAGCAAGGACUUCACUCAAGAAGUGUGUGAGGCUGACUAAGUGUGUGUGUGAGGGAGUGUUUAUUGUGUUUAUCGCCAUGGAUCAGACAACCAGCAGCUGCAUGCGGAGCACCCACCCCGGCAAUCCCAUCUGGGGGUGCGUGAGGAACCCUCACCCCGGAGCAGGGCUCCAGUCGCAGGCCCCCUUCUCCCUGCACCAGAAGCCUGAGUACCUUGCCUAUACAGACUUCUCCACCUCCUGCCUGGUGCCUGCGCCCUACACCGCCUACUCCCGCGACGACAGACUUUACCAAGAGCCCCAUGCGGGCUUCCAGAGGGCCGACUGGCAGUUCCCCCCCUGUGAGACGCGGGGCCGGGGGCAGGAGGCCUGUCGGGUAGUGCCCGUGGCGGUGGUUGGUGGAGGGGUGGUGGGUGGCGUAGGGGGAGAGAUGGACAGCACAGGUGGGGAGGUGCCAGGGGCAGUGCCCAGGUGUCUGAAGGGGGAGUACUCGCCACAGAGCAUGGCAUCGGCCGACACAGAGAAGAAGAGCUCCAAGAGGAAGAGGGACAUAAUAGAUAUUCAGGACUCUAAUUUCAAGGUGGACUCUAACUGCAAAGCGAGGAAAGAGCGUACAGCAUUCACUAAAGAGCAGCUCCGGGAACUGGAGGCAGAGUUCACCCACCAUAACUACCUGACCAGACUGCGUCGCUACGAGAUCGCUGUCAACCUGGACCUCACAGAGAGACAGGUGAAGGUGUGGUUCCAGAACAGAAGGAUGAAGUGGAAGAGGGUGAAAGGAGGACAGCCUGCUUCCCCUAACGACCUGGAGACAGACGACAUAGACUCUGCUGCCUCACCCAGCUCAGAGUGAACACAUAGAGAGGAGAGGAGGCCCUCCAACACCAACUGGACAUCCAUAGAGAACACAAUACAUCC